AUGUCUGGCUGCCUCGGAUGGCUCUGCGCGCGGCGGCUGUUGAGCGAGGUGUUUGUUGUGUGUAUUACCGCGCACAAGGGCCCUGUGCACUCCGGGCCACUUUUCUGCCUUGCAGGACGCACACUUGGAUACGAGGCUUGCCUGGGCUUUUGGCCAAAAGACUCGGGCGACUGGUAUGCGUUGCUGUGGAACAAGCGCGUCACGUGCUGGGCGACAUGUGAUCGGCCAGGUCGUGUCAUUGUUCAUUGUACUUCUAAAUUUUUCGAACUCAAUUGGGUAGUAGUUCUAAAUCCUGACGAUGCUCGAACGGGAACGUGCGACGUAAUUGCAGAUGGACAAGAACAUGGUGUUAUGAUAGUGAUCGUCGAAUGA